UGGUGGUUGUGCAGUGUUUCACAUUCCCAAAUAACUCCCGGGCCGUGCGUUAAAGCACUUUCAGUUUCCCGAAGGCCACAAUGUUGAUGCUUUCUGGAAUCGUCGUUCUGCACAUAACCGCCGUCAUCCUGCUUCUGGUGGCCACCAUUGAUAAUGCCUGGUGGAUCACUGAUACAGUGUCAACUGACUUGUGGGGCCAUUGGGAGUUGACAGGCUUAAUGUGGCAUUACACCAACCUGAAAAACUACCCAGAGAAGUAUCUCCAGACGAUUCAGGCCACAUCAGUGCUGGCCUGUGUUUUUUCCAUUCUGGCCUUGUUUAUGUUUGUGGCUCAGCUGUUCACCCUGCCCAAAGGCCAGAGGUUCACCGUCACUGGCAUUUUACAGCUAGUCGCAUGCCUGUGUAUAAUGAUCGCAGCCUCAAUCUACACUGCCGAGAUUCACACUGACGAAAACAGAGGAGGGUACGGGCACUCCUAUGUCCUGGCCUGGAUCUCUUUUGUCCUCACCUUCAUCUUAGCGAUCACCUACCUCGUCCUGCGGAAGAAGAGCGAGUGACACGACAAGAGGAAUGAGGGCAGGCCUGAGAUCAUGUUCCCAGAUUCAAUUUGGUAAAAUAAACAAUAGGAUUUGUUUAGAAAUUUGGAGGGGGAAAACAGAAGAUUGUUGAUCUGCAGCUAGGAAAAUGGAGGAAUAAUGUUACUUUGCUAACGAGCCAUUUGUUUAUAUUUUUAAUAUUAUACAUUGAAAUAGAACCCAGGAUUAUGUUACAUUUAGAUUUUAAUUAAUUUCUAUUUGAUUUAAGAGAGAAGAGGGUAGUGUCAUUUUUCAUUCAUGAGUAGGGCAGUAUGGGCUAAAAAGACGUUGUAAUUAGAAGGGUGCAACCCCUGAAAGUGUUUAUUUCUAAGCAAUAUAACUGUACAAUUAUUAAUAAAUGAAUUAUUUCAGAGAUAGAUGACGGGAUUGAUCCCAAUCUUUGUCUGUGUGUUAAGUAUGAAGCUACUACCAGCAUUAACAAUUGGUAAGCUUUAGGGGUGCUGACUGGUGGAUAUAUUUCUUAACUUUUUUGACUGAGCCAGGCCAGCUGUUUCCAGUCUUUAUGCUAAGCUAACUAGUUGCUGGAGGUAGCUUCAUUUACACAGAAAUAAGAGUAGUAUCAAUCCUGUCAGCUAACUCUUGAGAAGUGGAUGAAAUGUGAGAUUGAAGUCCUUACGAUUCUGUUAAAUCACGUUGUGAGGCGGACAGCUGCAGCUUUCCAGAGUGAAAAGAAAUACUGUAUCUGAAGAUACAGCUUGUUGUCAAAACUACAACAUUCCUGUUGCAGUACUUGAACAAUGAAAAAAGCCUUAAUUCACAGUACAAGUAGUUUUAAUCAUGUAUCAUUAUUUUACAACUGAAGUAUAAUGUAUCCUUUUUUAAAUCUAUGUACAUUGUAACCAUUAUAUUUUUGUAACAUUUUGUGUUGAGUGUUUUUUUAAAUUCACUAUGUUUGAUUUUGUGUCUGUAGUUGGCUGCUAUCAUAAGAAAAGUACAUGCAAUUUGUACAAUUGAACAUAAAGUGAACCAGGGAUGGAGGACAAUGGUGUUUAAUUUCACCAUAUUUCAUAACUAUGCAAGAGAUGUUUGUAAUUACAUUGGAAUUUAAGCCAUAUCAUUUAUUAAUAAAACAAAUAUCACACAGUC